UUAAAAUCGAUUUUCAGUAAAAUUAAACCUUCACUUCCAUAACAAUGUUAGUGAAGUUAACAAUAACAUAAAUUAUCCCUAAUUAGAUUGAACUGUUAGUCUGGCAGGAAUGUUAUUGAACUCUGGAAGUCAGCAGGGAAAUACAGCAAUGAAAAAACGACAUUUGAUAUUGAUGACAUGAGGUUACUGACCGCGCGUAAAGCCAAGAAACGCGGAAACUUAUAAAUGUUUAGUUUCAUCCCCCUACUGAGUACAUUCUUGAGGCCUUUGCCCCAUGGAACUCUUAAAUUCAGUUGUUUCCUGGCAGCUCCACUGCUCGGCUCAGAACAGGAGGAAGGGUCAUAUGGAGCUACAGCGUUUAGUAAGGAAAGGCAUUUCAUGCAUACACAACAUUAUUAGAAUGGUUUCGUUUCAGAAUAUUUCCCCAAAACGUCUUCUCCUCUCAGGAAUUAUCAUUAUCACCCUUGGAGCAGUUCUGGGGUGGUAUGCCUUCCCCAAGCUAAUUCGCUCACAGAUUGCUGGGAAUAUAAAUUUAAAGCCAGGAACGGAUUUAAGAGAAAUGUGGUCGAACUUUCCAGACCCUGUUGGGUUCAAGGUCUACAUUUUCAACGUAACAAAUCCAAUGGAAAUCCAGCAAGGAGAAAAACCCGUGCUGAGGGAAGUGGGUCCGUAUGUUUAUGAUGAGUAUAAACACAAGGCCGAGCUUCUGGACCACGAGGAAGAUGACAGCGUUUCGUUCAACAAUCGAAACACUUGGUUCUUCAACAGACUCAAGUCCGGCGCGCUAACUGGAGACGAAAUCAUCACCAUUCCUCAUUUACUCAUUUUGGGCAUGGUGCUAUCAGCAGAAAGAGACAUGUCUCUCAUGUUACCGCUCAUCUCUAGGGCGAUUCCUCUUAUUUUCGGUACCUCUGACUCAGUGUUCCUCACAGCGCCCGUCAAGGACAUACUGUUCGAAGGCGUCCUUAUCAAUUGCACGUUGAAGGACUUCACUGCGAGGAUGCUCUGCAUGCUGAUGAAAACGCAAGGGAAGGACUUGCAGAAAGUAGGAAAAAACGCCUUCAGAUUCUCGUUAUUUGGUGGCACCAAUGGGACUUUACAAGAGCGCCUUCGCCUGAAACGCGGCAUCCAGAACGUCGCAGAUGUUGGGCGCGUUGUGUCCUACAAGGAUGAGCCGAGAAUGACCGUGUGGAGCGGUCCAAAAUGCAACGAGUAUGGUGGGACAGACGGCAGCAUCUUCCCUCCCUUCCUUGAAGAAGCAACUUCGAUCCUCGCUUAUGCACCUGAUUUAUGCAGAUCCUUAAAUGUAUUAUACGCGGGACCGACUGUGUUCAAGGGCCUAAAGGGGAGGAUUUACUCAGCGGAUUUUGGCGAUAUGUCUAACGACCCAGACCUCAAGUGCUUUUGUACUACUCCAAAGUCCUGUCUUAAAAGAGGCGUCCACGACCUCACGAGAUGUACAGGGGCUCCCCUAGCAGUGUCAUUCCCCCACUUUUUCCUGGCUCAUGAAGACUACCUGAACGACGUCACGGGACUCCACCCUCAGAAGGCGCUCCAUGCAACUACUUUACACUUCGAACCUUUAACAGGUACUCCAAUGCUGGGAUAUAAGAGACUUCAGUUCAACAUUAUUAUACGCAAAGUCAACAAAUUCGCCCCUAUGAAGAAUUUGCGUGCCAUGUUAUUUCCAAUUUUUUGGGUUGAUGAGGGUUUGGAAUUGGACGAUAAGUACGUAAGCCAGAUGAAGAGUAUAUUUACAAUCUUCAGUAUUGUAGACGCCGUCAAGUGGAUAAUGGUUGUAGUUGGUGGAAUUCUGUCAGCAAUUGGAUCGUUUCUCCUAAUCCAGAAGUUAACAAACGAGGCAGUAAUUGCCUUGGGAAGGAAUUCCCCAGAAGUCUCGCCACUGGACGUUGAGACACCCCCUCGUUACGACUUCAAAAUGCAACUUUCUUUACAGAAGUUGCCUGCCAAAUGGAUUGGUGUGUCCGGUUUAAUUAUGCUCGUCUUGGGCUCAGGUGUCGGAUUUUACGGUUUCCCCGCUCUGAUACGCAGCCAGAUAGCAUCGAAUUUAGCUCUGAAGAAAGGUUCUGAUAUCAGAACACUCUGGUCAAAAAUUCCAGAUGGGAUUGACUUCAAAAUAUACAUGUUCAACAUAACAAAUCCAAUGGAUGUACAAGUAGGAAAGAAACCCAUUGUUACAGAAAUCGGACCCUACUUCUACGAAGAGUACAAGGAGAAGCUGGAUCUCAAAGACCACAAUGAGGACGACACGGUGUCAUUUAAUCCAAGGGAUUAUUUUAUAUUCAAAAGGGAGAAGUCUGGAGGAUUAACAGGAGACGAAGUGAUUACUAUACCGCAUGCUGCCAUCUUGGCGAUGGCUCUCGCUGUUGAACGCGAGAAGCCUGCAGCCCUGAAGCUAAUCAACAAGGCCAUUCCGCACAUCUUUGGUCACCCGACGUCAAUCUUCCUAACGGCUCCAGUCAAGAACAUUCUUUUCGAGGGAAUUCCUCUGUACUGCAACGUUACUGACUUUUCUGCUAAAGCCAUCUGUUCAGAAAUACGGAAAAAGGACAAAGACUUCCUAAAAUUAGGGGACGAUAUUUUUGGCUUUUCAUUCUUUGGAACGAAAAACAACAGCGCUGGAGGGAGGUUCAGGGUGAAGCGUGGAAUUGAGAAUAUCAAAGACCUGGGGCAAGUUGUCGAGUUCGAGGGUCAGAAGCAGCUGUCGGUGUACGACGGUGAUGAGUGCAACAAGUUCAGAGGGACGGACUCCACCAUCUUCUCGCCCUUCCUUACCACGAGCGACAAGAUCGAAGCCUUCGCUCCCGACCUCUGCAGGUCCAUAGGAGCAGAGUACAAGGAGUCCAUAGUAUACAAAGGCAUACACAGCUUCAAGUACAGUGCUGAUUUCGGUGACAUGUCCUCUGACCCCGAGCUCAAGUGCUUCUGCACGACACCGGACACGUGCAUGAAGAAGGGUGUCCACGACCUUACCAGGUGCUCAGGGGCUCCCAUCAUAGCUUCCCUUCCACAUUUCUACGACGCAGCUCUCGAAUAUCAGACAGGAGUGAUCGGUCUCAACCCCUCGAAGGAGAAGCACGAGAUAUUGAUGGUAUUCGAACCGAUGACGGCCACGCCUCUAGUUGGAUACAAGAGACUGCAAUUCAACAUCGCGAUUCAUCCAAUAGACAAAAUUGAUCUCAUGAAAGAAAUUCCCACAGUUCUUCUCCCCAUCCUGUGGGUGCAAGAGGGAAUGGAGCUCAAGCAAGAGUACCUAGACAAAGUGGGCAGUAUCUUCAAAAUCAUAGGAGCAGUGGACGUGCUGAAGUGGAUCCUGAUGGUGGCAGGGGGAGGUCUCGGAGCUGCAGGUGCACUCAUAGGAUACCGCAAGAAAUCCAACGAAAUGGAUGUUGAGGUGUCUCCAAGUGUACCUAGGAAACCCACAGGAAUCUCCCCUCUGGACGUUCAGACACCACCUAGAUACUGAAACGUUCUGGUAACAAGAAUUACAUCAUCAAGUUCGACAAUUGCAGUCUCCAGUGUAAUUUAGACUCGCAAAUAUUCAAAAACUGCAGCUGAACUGUGAUAACAAACUAAAGUACAGUUUCAAGGACUUUUACUAUUUUACUGGGGGCACAUAUUAGAAAACGAAUUUCUACAAAACGAUGGCCCAACAUCUAAGUUUUGUUAAUUAGGACUCAAUUUAUGGACCAUUCUUAGUUGCUGUGAAAACAUUGGAUUGAAUCUCGUAUCUCGAUAUUCUGGAACUAUUCUUUUGCCACAGCUGGGGCAGGACACCGAGGUACAAGACUUCCUGUUCUAAUAACAAUGUGCUCCGCUCUGUUAUUACUGCAAGGGUCACAUCUUUCCAUGAUGCCACCCCCCCCCCCCCCC